AGCCGUUUUGGUGCGAGAGUGCCUUUUUUUCAGGCAGCGGUUGAAGCCAGAAGGCUUUCUGCAGGUUCACUGUUCCUACGUGCUACAGAACUGUAUUUGAUAUGAGCAGCGGGCCCCAGGUCCCCAUGGCGAAACUGAGGGACGAGGCCGUCCAGGCAUUGCUUCAGUUGGCCGUGGAUUCGUUUGGCGCGAGGAACAUUAUUGUGAACUGCCACGGUGUCCAGAAGCACCUCAUCAAGAUAUCCGAGCAAGUCCAGGAGCACAGGAUGCGUUCGGACCAGCACCUGCCGCCUGCGGGUUCGGCCGCUGCCCCCAUGGGCUCAUGGCCGCAUGACCUUCGAGUCGCUCUGAUCUCCGAGGGCCACGUCCAGGGUCACCAGCGGAGCGUGGCUUCUUCCGCGACCAACGCUGAGGGGGCCCCGAUUCUCCAGAAGGUCGCCUGCUCCAUUUACCCGCCCAGUCAGCUAGCGCUCGGGGACCCGUCCUGUGGCGCGGAUGAGAGCCUCUCGAUUCUCUCCACCGGCCCACCGGCAACGGGGCAGUCGGAUGCGUUGCUUGCUUACUUGGCGGCGCAGGCACGUGAUCAGCUGGACACCCAGGAGUCCACGCUUGACGACUACGCCAAGAAGGAGCUGGCCUACACGCACGAGGGCGAAACUAAGGAUCGGGACAACGCACAGCCCGGGGAAAAGCCGCGGAGUCGGAAAGCGAAGGCGAAGUGCAACAAGGGCAAAGACGAGGCAGAGGAGCCGCCAGGGGCAGGCGACACUGCCCUGAUCGUGAAAGGGAUACAUGCGAAGUGCGGGAGGGAUGACGUGCACGCCAUGCUCGAGGGAUCCGGCUUCACAAAAGCGUUCGACCUGCUGUACGUGCCAAAGGAUUUCGUGAACAGGCAGAACAGGGGGUAUUUCCACGUCAACUUCAGGGAGGCAGCGGAUGCAGAGAAAUUCUCGAGGAUGCUGCAAAGCAGGCCCAGUGACCUGGCCGUGAAUUGGGCAAUCGCCAACCCGAAUUCGAGAUUGGUGGCGCAUCGCGCCCGCCACCAGGGGCUGUACAAUUUUGUGAUGGAUCUCAUGUCGGGGCGCAAGUUCCGCGCCGAAAACAAAGAGUACCUUCCGUGGGUGUAUCUUCCGGGCUCAUCUCAGAACGGGUGCCCGCUGACCAAGCAGAUGGCCGAGCAGUUGUUGUCCUCAGAGUUCCAUGGUUCUGAUGGCUCGCCGUCUUCCUCUGGCAAUGAGGUCACGAUGUGACUCCCUGACUUGUGAUCCCAUGCAUGUCAACAGCGAUUCUCACUCUUGCCUGUCGCAACUACUUGGGGUAGUGCGCGUUAUGGGCAUACUGCCAUGCGUGGCGGCAACCAUGUGUUUCCGCUAUCGUUUGUCUCAUCCCCCGCCUUGUCCCCCUCCCCCCCCCUCCUCCUCCUCCUCCUCCUCCUCCUCCUCCUCCUCCUCCUCCUGCUGGUGCCGGCCUCGUGGGUCUCUUGAGGUCCAAGUUGUUGCUGAACCUCUUGAAUGUAACUAUGUUUGUCGUCGUGCUCACUGUGUAACCGUGGUCGAGCGAGGACGACCCGAGGCUCUCAGUCCACGAGCGGCCGUCAUUAAGUCGCCAUCUCACGAUGCGCGGACGGUAAGUCGGUCAUUGCUGAUGCCAUGUUUCUCUGUUCGAUUCAGUUCGACCUUCAGCACGACACCGAUGC